AUGCUCAUUUCUCCUAUUUACAAUUGCAAGCUCAGUAGACCUCUUCCAGUUGUUCACAAGUAUUAUCAGUCUGGGGACUUAAUCAUUGCUGCAAUUAUUUAUCAAGUCUUCUUUCUUUCAAAUGAGAUCACUUUCCAAAGCCUUCCUUCUCAUGAAGUACUUGAUCACCUUGGUUUUCACAUUGCUACCAAUUAUCUUGAGGAAUAUACAACUUAUCGUUUAGCAAUGGAAUUUUUAUCUGCUAAAGAUAAAUUUAUCCCCAACUACAAAUGUAAUGACCAGACCAAUAGUGUAGCUGUCAUUGGAGGACCCCAGACUAAAACCUGUCUCAACAUGGCAAUCAGCCUGUGCAACUACAAAUUUCCCCAGAUCACAUAUGGAUCGGCACCUUUGAUGAGUAAUGACCAAGCAGGAAUUUUUGUCAAAUGGAUGUUCCCUGAUGAGAUCCACCAACUUAAUGGAGUGCUACACUUACUAUUGCAUUUUGGAUGGACCUGGGUUGGGAUGAUUUCUCUGUAUGAAGAAGAUAUGGAGAGAUUUGUUCAAAAGAGUCUUUCCAUGUUUUUAGAGAGAGGAAUCUGCUUUGACUUUAUGGAACAUAUUCCCAAAAUGAUGUAUGGUAGUGAAGCUGCUGAAAUGAUGGAGGAAGCAGAUAAAUUAUAUAGAGUGAUCAUGUGGAGUACAGUCAUUGCAGUGAUCUUUAAUGCUGAAAUUACAAGCAUAGUGACAUUGAGGAUAAUGCUCUCUGUUUUAGAUUCUGAUGAUAUUCCAACGGAAAGAAAAGCCAAAGUUUGGGUCAUGACAGCUCAAAUGGAAUUCACCUCUAUUCUAAUGCAAAGACCGUUGCCUAUUGAUUUUCUCCAUGGUGCAAUUUCCUUUGCGCUUCACUCAAAGAAGCUGACAGGAUUUCAACAAUUUAUGCAGAAGAAAAACCCAAACCUAGAAAAAGAUGAUGGAUUUAUUAGGGAUUUCUGGAAAGAUGCAUUUGAAUGCUCAUUUUCCAGUGAUAUUACAGAUGAGAAUGCUGAAAGGAUCUGCACUGGAGAAGAAAAGCUGGAGACUCUUCCUAAUUCUGUCUUUGAGACCACAAUGGGUGGACAUAGUUACAGCAUCUACAAUGCAGUCUAUGCUGUGGCACAUGCUCUGAGGGACUUGUAUGCCUCCAAACUCAAGGACAGUCGGAAAAUUGAUAAGAAGAGCUGGAAGUACUUCCUUCAGUCUCCAUGGCAGCUCCAUCAUUUUCUGCAUCAAGUCUCUUUUAACAACAGUGCUGGAGAACACGUUUCUUUUGGCCCCAAUGGAGAAUUGGAAACUGGGUUUGAUGUUUUCAAUUGGGUCACAUUUCCUAACAAGUCCUUUCUGAAAGUGCAAAUUGGAAAGAUCAACCCCCUGGCUCCCCCAGAAAAGCUCCUUACCAUUUCUGCCAAGAAUGCUGUUUGGCCCUUCAUAUUUAACCAGACAUUGCCUCUUUCCAUCUGUAAUGAGAAAUGUCCUUUUGGCUACAGCAAGGUAAAAAUAGAAGGAAAAUUAUCCUGCUGCUAUGACUGUAGACAGUGUCCAGAAGGGAAGAUAGCUGACCAAAUGGACUUAGAUGAUUGUUUCCCAUGUCAAGAGGAUCAACAUCCAAACAAGGGUCGAGAUAAUUGUCUUCCAAAAACUGUAACUUAUUUGACUUUCCAAGAGCCGUUGGGUAUUUCUUUGGUAAUGAUUGCAGUCUCCUUUUCUGUUGUCUCAGCUGCGGUACUAGGAAUCUUCAUUAAACACCAGGACACUCCCAUUGUCAAAGCCAACAACAAGAACCUCACCUACAUUCUUCUCGUUGCUCUCCUGCUCUCCUCCCUUUGCACUCUGCUCUUCAUUGGGCAACCUGGUUUAGUGAAAUGUCUCUUGCAACAAACUACGUUUGGUAUCACUUUCUCUAUAGCUCUUUCUUGUAUUUUGGGUAAAACAACCAUAGUAGUUCUUGCUUUCAUGGCCACAAAGCCAGGCUCCAAAAUGAGGAAAUGGGUGGGGAGAAGGAUGGCCAACAUUAUUGUCCUAUCUGUCUUCAUGGCUCAGUUCACCAUCUGUGUAGUGUGGUUGGCAAUGUCUCCCCCAUUUCCAGAUUCAGACAUGCAGUCCAUGGUUGAAGAAAUUGUCCUGGAAUGUAAUGAAGGUUCAACUGCAAUGUUUUAUACUGUCCUUGGCUUUAUGGGGCUCUUGACCGCUGUCACCUUCACUGUGGCCUUUUUGGCUAGGAAUUUACCUGACAGUUUCAAUGAAGCCAAAUUCAUCACCUUCAGCAUGUUGGUCUUUUGCAGUGUGUGGGUAUCAUUUGUUCCAACCUAUUUGAGUACCAAGGGGAAAUAUGUGGUUGCUGUUGAGAUCUUCUCCAUUUUGGCUUCAGCAGCUGGAUUACUGGGCUGCAUCUUUUCUCCUAAGUGCUAUAUCAUUAUUCUGAGACCUGAUUUGAAUAAGAAGGAGCAACUAAUAAAAAAAUAA